CCUUGCCGGGAAAAGGCGCGGCCUGUGCGCGGCCGGGAAGCGAAAGCGAAAGGAGGGGGCGGGCAGCGGAGCCAGAAGCGGCGGCCAUGGAGCGGCAGGGGCCGAGCUCCUUCCCGGUGCUGGUGCGGGGGGACUGGGGCCCCACCGAGCCGCCACCCGCGCUCAGGAAGAAGCUGCUCUGCUACUUCCAGAGCCACAAGCGCUCGGGCGGCGGCGAGUGCGAGCUGCGCACCGGCACCGGCACCGGGCACAUCAUCGUCUGCUUCACCUGCCCCGAGGUCAAACAACGAGUUCUUGAGAGACAGUCUCAUGAGUUGCAUUUGGGAGGAGAAGGAAAAUUGAGGUUGAUUGUCACAGAGCCUGAAACAGCACUAGCUACCAAAGAGACAUUGGAAGAAAAAUCAGUUCCUACAAAGGCUUUGGAUGCCAUGAGCAGCCUUCAAACAAAAGAUGAUACAAAAACCUUGAAGAAAACAGAGAGUUUUGUUCCAAACAGUGAACUUCAGGAGGAGGUUGACUCUGCAGAGGCCUCACCUUCAGUGGUACUUGAGAACAUAGAGAGAUGCUGUCCAAAAACCUUACAUUUGCUGUUGGAGAACAUCAGUGACCUGCAUGUAGAUGCUGACUUUACUGUUGAACUGAUACCGGAAAAAAAUGUUGCUGUAGUGACCUUUAUAAAAAGUAUUGAUGCUAAGGAAUUUGUCAAAAAAUGUUCACAACACAAGAGAGUCAGAGAAUUCAAAAUGACUGCCAGAGUUCUUGAAUCGACCCAGAGCAUCAAGGUUGAGAACCUGCCAGACAGCAUUUCCACAGACUACCUGACGUUGUACUUUGAGAACGCGCGGAACGGAGGCGCGGCCGUGUCAGAUGUCCAGUUCUUCCCCGAGGAGAACUCAGCCAUCAUUACCUUCUGUGACCACAAAGAUCUAACCAUGGUCUUGGAAAAGCAGCAUUUACUGGAUCAGACACUGAUUUCUGUGUAUCCAUAUUACCACUCCCUGGGAACAGCUCUGUAUGGGAAAGAAAGACCAGCUGUCAAGAUGCCAGACCCCAUUGGGGUGCCCCUAGACCCAUAUGUAUGGCAGUUUUUACAAAGGCAUGCCAAUCUGACCCAAGACAUAAACCAGGAAAUGGCAGUUUGCCAUGCUGAGCUCCAAUGGCCCCAGGCUGACUGUGCAAGCCCAGAAGUCAUGUUGUGCCCAUCACCAUCUCUCUGCAAGCAGAAAAAGCCAAUGAUGAAGUUGCUCAAGACCUGGCAGCAAGAUGCUUCCGCUGAGUUCUCGCGCAUCAUGGCAUGUUACAUAGCUAUAAAAUGUGAAGUCAGUUCAUCAGGUUGGGAAGAUGUGAAAAAAAGGUUGUCAGAAGACGCUGUGAUCAUAACUGAUGUUUCUGAGGGGAUGGUGGUGAUUGCAGGCAACAGAGCAGCAGUGGACAGUGCAGAAAAAGAAGUGAGGAAAUGCAUGAAGCAAAGUGAAAGGGAAAAACAGAGCAUAGAAAUUUCUGUGCCAGUGAUCCCAGGGAAGUAUGCUGUGCUGUACAAUGCUGGGUUAGAAGAGAGUAUUCAGAAGGAAUACCCAUCCCUAAAGCUCUUCUAUGAUGACAAAAAAAAGACUGUUCAGUUGUAUGGAUUACCUGCAGAAGUAUAUAAAAUCAAAUCUGACUUACUGGAAAAGUUAUCGAGUAUGCCAUGUACAUCAGUUACCAUUGAUCCCCAUGUCUUCCACUAUCUACAGUCUGUAGACAAUAAAAAAACAUCAGAUAUGUUAUUCAUUAGGGAAAAAAUUAACGCUUUUUAUGAACUUCAGGAUGAGUCUGUGUUGCUAUAUGGAGAUGCUCCCAAAGAUCUUCAAGAAGCAGAAAAGCGAAUAAAAACAGAUUUAGAAUACAAGUGCAUCAAUGUGGAGGAUGGUGAAGUCGUUAAAAAGGAUCAGUGGAAGAAUCUUCUCUCCUCGAUCCAGACAUAUAAUUCUUCCCAGGAAAUUGUUAUCACUUGGCAGUCUAUUGGAAAAGAAAAUAAAAUGAUCAUUGCUGGCUUUUCUAAGUCUGUAACAGAGGUUUAUCAGAGACUUAAUGCUUAUGUAGAUAGAAACACAGUAAUUGAAAAAGCAAUCCCAGUUACUUCAGUGGUGAAUGUGCAGUUUGUAGAGAAUAUGAUGUCUGGUGUUUGUAAAGAAUUGAAGAAGAAAGGUGUGACAGUACAUUUCAACACCAAGACACCAUGCAUUUCUCUGAGGGGACCAAGAGCAGAACUACCAGAAGCAUUAAUGAUGUUUGAAAAAAUUGUCUCAUCCCUUUACUCAAGAAAUGUGCCAAUUGAUAAACCAGGGGCAAAGGAGUUCUUCAUUGAGAGGAAAGAUUUAUGUGUUUUAGAAGCAAAACAGAAGUUUAACUGUUUCAUUAGGAUUAAGGAAGAAGAACACAAGGGUAGAAAAGUUGAUGAUAAAGUGAAAAGAAAGGUCUACUAUGAAAAAAGCCUGCCAGGUGGAAUUGUGAUAGGAGUGUAUAGAGGUAACCUGUGUGACUACCCCGUUGAUGUUGUGGUGAACGCAUCUAAUGAAGACCUGAGACGCAUUGGUGGCCUUGCUGACGCCCUGUCACGAGCAGCUGGCCCAGCACUGCAGCAGGAGUGCGAUGAGCUGGUGAGGAAGCUCGGGAAUUUGGAGCCCGGCCGCGCAGUGAUCACGGGCGCCGGGAAACUGCCCUGCAAGAACGUCAUCCACGCUGUUGGGCCCAGGUGGAACGAGAAGGAGUCACAGAAGUGCACGUGGUUGCUAAAAAAGGCAGUGAAACAGUGUCUGCAGUUGGCUAAAAUAUACAACCAUCGUUCCAUAGCUCUGCCUGCUAUAAGUGGAGGGGUUUUUGGCUUCCCACCACAGGUGUGUGCAGAUUCAAUUGUAUCCUCCAUCAAGGAGACCUUGGAAGAAUUAAUGGAGGGCAGCAGCUUGAAGGAGAUCCAUCUUGUGAGUAAUUCAGAAGAAAUCGUUCAGGCUCUGAGCGAGGCAGUUAAAAAAGUAUUUUCAGCUAAAUCAUCCUCCCCAAAAUGUCCGAUGAUGAAAAAAUCCCAGAAGGAGAAUAGAAAAGGGGAUCUGAAGAUGAUUACAACAAAUGAAGGACUUUGCAUCUGUGUGGAGAAGAAAAAUGUUCAGGAAGCCACAACUGAUGUUGUGGUCAACAGUGUUGGCACAGAUCUGAAGUUUGGUGUGGGGCCCCUUUGCGUUGCCUUGCUGGGAAAAGCUGGACCAGCUCUCAAAGCUCAGUUUGACAUUGCAGUACAAAGUCAGGCUGCUGGUCCUGGGAGUGUGCUCUGCACCAGCGGAUGUGAUAUGGCCUGCAAGUCCAUGUUUCAUGCCAUACUGCCCAAGUGGAAAGGAGGACAGACAGAGAAGGUCCUAGAAGAUGUAAUCAAUUUCUGCUUGGAGAAAACUGAAGAACUUGGGCUGAAAUCGAUUGCUUUCCCAGCUAUUUGGACUGGAGGAUUUGGAUUUCCUAAAACCAUUGUUUCUAAGUUAAUGUUUGAUCUGGCAUUCAGGUUCAGUAGUUGUCCCAAUCGGAAGAAUCUGCAGGAAGUUCAUUUUCUCUUGAGUCCACAAGAUAUUGAUAGCAUUCAGGCUUUUACCACUGAACUAGAGCUUAGGGCAGAUGAAAGUUGCAAUGCUGCAGCAGCACAGCCAAGUUGCAUUAGUCCUGUUUCUGCUGAAGUAUUGGGUGUGCAUGAAAUGAGGAUUGGUUCCAUCACAGCAAUUAGCGGAGAUAUUACCAAGGAGGAUACAGAGGUUAUUGUAAACAUAUCAAAUUCAUCAUUUGAUGCCAAAACAGUUAAUGAACCCCAGGUGUCUGUUCCCAUCUGCCAGAAAAAGGAGACUCCUGUGUGUACUGAGCAGGAGAAGACAGAAUCAUGUGAGAAAUUGGAAGCAGAGAAAUCAACCUCUAGCAAUUCUGCUGUAGUAGUAACCACUGCCUUUGGGGAGAAAAUAGAAGAUGAGAUUUUGGAAAUGUACUUUGAAAAUAAAAGAAAGUCUGGUGGGGGAAACAUUGAGUCUUAUGUCAAAAAGGAUGAGCAAGUGAUCAUCACCUUUGAGAAGGAGCAAGAUGCCCAAGAAGUUUUGCAGCGAAAGCAUCACUUGAACAAAAUUGAUCUGGUUGUGAGGCCGUGGCAAGUGGAGACUUCCCAGGGAUUGUGCCAAGUGGAGAACUCUGAAGGAUCCCUGCUUCCCACUGCAGUGGUGCUGGAAAAUGUGAAGGAGACAGUAAAAGAUUGCAUACUAGUUAUGCUGGUAGAGAAUAUCAGUGGCUUGUCAGAGGAUGGUGGUGACUUCAGUGUGGAAAUGAUACCUGAAUUAUGUGCUGCUGUAGUUACUUUUACUGGAAAUACUGAUGCAAAGGAUUUUGCUAAAAAGUUUAAUCAAAACCCCAGAGCAAGGAAACAAAACAUUACUGCACGGUGCCUUGAGAGAACAAAAAGUGUUCGGGCUGAAAACGUGCCCCCCAACACCCCCAGUCACUACUUAACUGUGUACUUUGAAAAUGAGAAGUAUGGGGGAGCACAAACGGUGGAUGUGCAACUGCUGCCUGAUGAAGAUGCAGCUAUCAUUACAUUUGGUGACCAAAAAGAUGUAACAAAUAUCCUGGCAAAGAAGCAUUCACUGAACAAAACACCAAUCUUUGUCUAUCCUUACUACACCUCACUGGAAACAGCUCUAUAUGGAAAGGAAGGGCCGCAGAUAAAGAAGCCAGAUCCAAUUACAUGGCCUCUGGAUCCCUAUAUCUGGACUUACUUGAAAGGAAAUAGUAGCUUAAUUGAGGCAAUAGAUGAUGAAAUGGCAAAGUGCAAUUGUGUGCUAACGUGGCCUGACCCCCUCUGUGCAGAUCCAAAAGUUACUUUGCAUCCUUCAGCUAUUUUUGAUGAGCGGAAGAGAUCAGUGUCUCGAUUGGCCAAGACAUGGAAAGAAGAAGUUUCCACAGCAUUUUCACACAGCAUAUCACAAUAUGAAGCAAUUCAGUGUCUAGUAAGCACAGAGGUGUGGGAAGCCAUUAGGGACAGCUUUCCCCAUGAGGAAGUUAUGAUGAUCCCACAUAUUUCCGAGGAUUUACAUGUUCUAGUGGGUGAAAAAGAAGUUGUGAAGAAGGUUGAACAAGAACUGAAGCUUCUGAUCCAAAAGGCCACCAGAGAAAUUGAAAGAGAAAAGCAAAGAACUGAACUGAAAGUCACGACAGUGAAUCCAGGGGAAUAUGGAAUUUUACAGAUUACUGGCCUUGAAGAAAAAUUUCAUAAAGAGUUCCCAGACCUGCAAAUAACUUAUGAUUAUUUCCAGAAGUGCAUUAACCUAUCUGGAGUUCCUGAGGAAGUUUAUAAAGUAAAAGGAGAAAUACUUGAUCAUGUACACAAAAUGGCAAAGAAAACCAUUAAUAUCCACCCUUACAUUUUACAGUUUUUAGAGCAUGUUGAUAAUGAAACCCUGUCACAGAGCCUGUUUGUAUCAAAACAAAUUAGUGCCUUUUAUGAGCUUGGUGCAGGAGGGAUCAUCCUGAAAGCGAGUGAUCCUGAAGAUCUUCUAAAAGCAGAGGAAGAAAUAAAAAAAGACCUGGACCACAAAAGUAUUACUUUGGAUGACAAGUCAGUUCUCCAGAAGGAGAAAUGGUGGAUGCUAGCCAAGGAAGCUUGCUGUAAUGGAGCUGUAUCUGUCACUGUGGAAGAGACUCAGGUUGUGAUUGCUGGUCUUUCUGAAGCAGUAGCAAAAGCCUUUGAGGAACUUUACAACUUUAUAGAUGAGAACACACAGGUGCAAAGGAUCAUUGAAGGAAAGCCAAUGGCACUCAUAAAGUUUUUUGAGAAAGAGAAGGUCAAUGACUGGACUCCCUUACAAAAAAAAGGUGUGAAAGUUGACUUUAGAACACAGAAAAAUGGUGAAGUUAUAUCUUUGAGUGGGCCAAAGACAAAAGUGCUGGAGGGAGUCAGCCUAGUUGACCAAAUUUUGUCUGGCCUGCAUUUUAAGCGUGUGGAAAUUGACUUGCCAGGAGCCAAGGCAUAUAUAAAGGAGCAAGAACAAUUUUUGUAUCCCCAUAUAAAACAAGUGUUCAAGUGUUUAGUCCUACUGGAAGAGCAGCCAGAAAAACAUCUGGAAGAACAGAAAGGACACAGUAACAGAGGCAAGCUCUGUAUGCAAGUGACCAUGGGUGAAACUCUAAUAGCGCUUUAUGAAGCUGACUUGUGCACUCAUCCCGUUGAUGUUGUGGUGAACGCAUCUCAUGAAGACCUGAGACACAUUGGUGGCCUUGCUGAAGCCCUGUCACGAGCAGCUGGCCCAGCACUGCAGCAGGAGUGUGAUGAGCUGGUGAGGAAGCUCGGGAAUUUGGAGCCCGGCCGCGCAGUGAUCACGGGCGCCGGGAAACUGCCCUGCAAGAACGUCAUCCACGCUGUUGGGCCCAGGUGGAACGAGAAGGAGUCACAGAAGUGCACGUGGUUGCUAAAAAAGACAGUGAAACAAUGUCUGCAGUUGGCUGAAAUAUACAACCAUCGUUCCAUAGCUCUGCCUGCUAUAAGUGGAGGGAUUUUUGGCUUCCCACUGGACGUGUGUACUUACACAAUCGUGUCCUCCAUCAAGGAGACCUUGGAAGAAUUCCAGGGGAACACCAGAUGGAAGGAGAUUCAUCUUGUGGGUUUUGCACAGGAUAACAUUCAGGCUUUCAGAAAGGCAUUUAAAGAGGUGUUUCCAGAUUCUUUACCUUCCUACAGGUCACCUCAUCAUGCCAGCCCAGUUCCUCGGCCUAGGCAGAGCAAACGCAUUAAGAACUUCCCAGUCAUAACAACUCUGGAAGGCCUUAACAUCAUGCUGCAAAUAGGAAGCAUUGAAGAUGCUACAACAUCCAUUGUUGUUGUCAGUGUUGGCAGAGAUCUGCAGCUUGACAAAGGGCUACUUGGUAGAGCUUUGCUAAGCAAGGCAGGGCCAAUGCUUCAGACAGGCUUGCUAGAAGAAGGUGGAGGAAGAGCAGAGGAAGGAUCUGUGUUGAAAACUAAAGGCUACAAUCUGGCUUGCAGUGUUGUUCUUCAUGCUGUGGUACCUGCAUGGUCCCAGAAAAACACACCUUCAAAGGUGUUGGGUGACAUAAUCACAAAAUGCCUGGAGAUUGCUGAAGAACUGUCUUUGAAAUCAAUUACUUUUCCAGCAAUUGGGACAGGGAAUUUAGGAUUCCCAAGAUCUGUUGUUGCUAAAUUAUUGUUUGACAAAGUGUUUGAAUUCAGUAGUAAAAACAAAGUAAAUUCUCUUGAAGAAGUUCACUUUCUGUUGCACACGAAAGACACAGCUACUAUUCAGGAAUUUUCAGCUGAACUUGAAAACAUGUCUGUAUCUGUUGAAGGGCAGAAGCCUUCUUCAAAUGACACUAGCCAAAGCCUGGCUUUUUCUGCUGUCUCUUCAACCUCAGCACACAAUGUGCUUGAAGUGACAAUUGGCUCCCUCGUGUUCCGGGUGGCAGAAGGUGAUAUAACCAAGGAGGAGGGAGAUGCCAUUAUAAACAUAACAAACGUAUCCUUCAACCUCAAAAAAGGUGUCUCCAAAGCAAUUCUGAAUGGUGCUGGAAAAGCAGUUGAAGAUGAAUGUGCUGUAGCCCGGCAAACUGGCAACAACUAUGUCAUCACCCAGGGAGGAAACCUGCCAUGCAAAAAUAUAAUUCAUUUUGUUGCCCAAGAUGAUAUCAAGUCCCUGGUUUCCCAGGUGCUCCAGGAGUGUGAACUGCAGCAGUACACCUCUGUCACCUUCCCAGCAAUUGGAACAGGAGAGGCACGCCGCAAUCCAGCUGAGGCAGCUGACAGCAUGAUAGAUGCAGUAACUGACUUUGCAAAAAGGAAUUCUGCUACAUCUGUGAAAACUGUUAAAGUUGUCAUCUUUCAGCCACAUCUGAUGAGUGUGUUCCAAGCAAGCAUGCAGAAAAGAGAAAAGUCUACUGCAACAAUAUUCAAAUCACUUGUUUCCAAGGCAUAUCACAUGGGUAAAUCACUCUUGAGCUCUGACAAACGUGCCCCAAAAGAAAAAACCAGAAGGAUUUUGGCAAAGAAGAUCGACCUGGCUGUGCUGCAGAUUUGUGGUGAAGAUAAAAAAGAAGUGGAAGAAGCUGAAAAGUGGCUGAGAAGUGCAAUUUGUAGAGAACAAUCUCAAACAGAAAUUGUGGAUGAAUUUAUCUCUCAUUUCAGUGAAGAAGAGAAUGAAGAACUGGAUGACUUACAAAAGAAAUUCAAAAUUUCUCUUAGUUCGACGAAUACAUCUAUUAAAAUUUCAGGGGUUGCAAAAGAUGUCUACGAGGCUUCUUUAGCUGUUCAUGAAAUGAUCCGUAGGGUAAAAUGUGCUAAAGAGGAUGAGGCAAAACUUCUACAAAAUUCAGUUGAAUGGAACCAUUUUGAAAAGGAUUCUUAUGAGCCCUUCUAUAGUCUCACAAAUGUGGAGCUGGAAAAUGCUUACAAGGGAAAGCAGAAAAGUAUUGAAGUCACCAUUGGUGAGAAAAAAUACACAGUGGAUAUGGACAAUAAGACUGCUGUGGAUGCCCAAGGAGGACAGAUAGCCAUUAUACGUAUUGACAAAUCUGAAGAUCAAAAGUCAAUAGUACUCCCUCCAACAUGGGACCCUAUGGAAAAUGAGCGAGUCAAAAUAGUGGAAUUAAAACCAGACUCAAAAGAAUAUAAAGAUGUGCAAGAAAAGUUUCUGCAGACCUGUCAGUCAUUCAAAAUUGAAAAGAUUGAAAGGGUACAGAACCGAUAUUUAUGGAAAAGCUACCAAAUAAAAAAGUGUGAAAUGGAUCAAAAAAAUGGUGACAAAAAUAAUGAGAGGCUUCUGUUUCAUGGAACGAGUCAGGAGUCAUUAACCUUUAUUAACGACCAUGGAUUUUACCGGAGCUAUGCUGGAAUGCACGCUCCAAACUUUGGGAAUGGAACGUACUUCGCUGUUAAUGCCAGCUAUUCUGCCUACGACAUCUACUCUAAACCAGAUGCGAAUGGGAAGAAGUACAUGUACUUGGCCCGAGUCCUUGUUGGAGAAUAUUCUUUGGGGAAAAAAGGAUCAGUUACUCCAGCACGAAAAGAUGUUAACAACUCUGUAGAUCUGUUUGAUAGUUCAACUGAUAACAUUAACCAGCCAUCCAUGUUCAUAAUUUUUAAUGACAUUCAAGCCUACCCAGAAUACCUUAUCACGUUUACUAAGUAAGUGUUUUAAUUGCAGCCACAACUGCAUGUGUUUCAGCUUUAUGUAGGAUAGAAAUACCUGUAACAAAACACUCAACAAAAAUAAUAAAUAAUUGUGUCAGAUUAAAUUCUGUCUUGAUUUAAGCAAUCUCUGGAGAUUAAUGAUCCCCCUGAAGCUUGUUUACGCUUGGAGCAGCUGAAUGUAUUAUCACUUAAGCACAAUAUUGUACUGCAAUCCUCUUUUGGAUUAUAUAGUGAGCCUUUGUACUGUAUCAACUUUCCACACAGCCUUAGGGCCUUCCUAACUGCUGGUGGGGAAUUGGAAGGGAUAAUGCAGCCAUGAACCAUUCACUGUUGCAUUUUUGAUGCCUUCUUACACUCUGUGACAAUCUCAUAGCGAAUUAUGUUGAGCAGUUUUCAUUAAAGGAACCGGUUGUAUUUAAUGGCUUCUGUUUGUCUAAACCUCUUUGAACAUUUAGCAUUGGUUUUUAACCAGUGAACUUCAGUGAACUUGACAUUACAGACAUGGAUUGACUUGUUUUUAAUGCAAUAACCCUGCUGCUUUGCAGCACCCCCAACGUGGAAAAGCCCUUGGUUCCUCUGAAUGUAUUGGGUUUGACUUACUUGGUUGUAUG